AUGCCGCUGCAGAACGACACCCUCCGAGAGGUGUGGGCCUCAGACAGCGGACACGAGGAAGAAGGGCCGAGCCCAGAGGUCCAGCGGCGCCCCAGGCAGCGACCCGCCCCGGGACAGAGGCUGAGGAAGAAGAGGACUGAGGCCCCCGAGUCCCCCCGCCCCACGGCACUCAAGCCCCGGAAACCUGGGGCGGGGCGCAGGGGGCGGCCGCGGGAGGAGCCUGCCUCUGCGCCCACCGUCUACGCCAAGUUCAUCAGGGACCCCGAGGCCAAGAAGCGCGACCCCCGGGAAACCUUCCUGGUAGCCCGCGCCCCAGAUGCGGAGGACGAGGAGGAGGAUGAUGAUGACGAAGAGGAUGAUGAGGAAGAGGAGGAAGAGGAAAAGAAAGAGAAAACCCCUCUGCGUUCCAAGAAGCCCCUCAAAGAGAAGACUUCUGCAGACAUGAAGGAGAGGAGGGCCAAGGCCCAGGGUGCGAGGGGGGACCAGGGAAGCCCUGAGCCCCCAUCCAAACCUCUUCACGUUAAGAAGAAGGAAGCCCCAGCCGGGGAGGGGACCAAGAUGAGGAAGAUGAAGAAGAAGGGGGCAGGGGAGGCUGGUGAGGACCCCUCAGUGCGCCCGGGCGCUGUGAAGAAGAAGACUCCAGCCGCCAUGUUUCUGGUUGGGGAAGGUGGCCCUGCCGAAAAAGCUCUGAAGAAGAAAGGCGCACCCAAAGGCCCAGAAGAAGAGAAGAAGGAGGAAGAGGAGGAGGAGGAGGAGGGCACAGCUGUGGCGACUAAGAACAGCAAUCAGAAGGGCAAAGCGAAAGGAAAAGGCAAAAAGAAGGCGAAGGAGGAGCGGGCCCCGUCUCCGCCCGUGGAGGUGGGCGAGCCGCGCGAGUUCGUGCUGCGGCCGGCCCCGCAGGGCCGCACGGUGCGCUGCCGCCUGACGCGCGACAAGAAGGGCAUGGACCGCGGCAUGUACCCCUCCUACUUCCUGCACCUGGACGCCGAGAAGAAGGUGUUCCUCUUGGCUGGCAGGAAACGGAAACGGAGCAAGACAGCCAAUUACCUCAUCUCCAGCGACCCUACCAACCUGUCCCGAGGAGGGGAGAACUUCGUGGGGAAGCUGAGGUCCAACCUCCUGGGCAACCGCUUCACCGUCUUUGACAACGGGCAGAACCCGCAGCGGGGAGGCGGCUCUGACGUGGGAAGCCUUCGGCAGGAGCUGGCAGCCGUGAUUUACGAGACCAACGUGCUAGGCUUCCGGGGCCCCCGGCGCAUGACGGUCAUCAUUCCUGGCAUGAGUGCGGACAACGAGAGGGUCCCCAUCCGGCCCCGAAAUGCCAGCGACGGGCUGCUGGUGCGCUGGCAGAACAAGACGCUGGAGAGCCUUAUCGAACUGCACAACAAGCCGCCUGUCUGGAACGAAGACAGUGGCUCCUACACCCUCAACUUCCAGGGCCGGGUCACCCAGGCCUCAGUGAAGAACUUCCAGAUUGUCCACGCGGAUGACCGCUCCCGGUGCCCAGCGGGCUCGGGCCCAGAGCCCAGAGCAACCAGCACCAUAGCGUCCAACAGCUGGACCGCCAGCAGCAGCCCCGGGGAGGCCCGGGAGGAUGGGCCCGAGGGCCUGGACAAGGGGCUGGACAACGAUGCGGAGGGCGUGUGGAGCCCGGACAUCGAGCAGAGCUUCCAGGAGGCCCUGGCCAUCUACCCGCCCUGCGGCCGGCGCAAGAUCAUCCUGUCGGACGAGGGCAAGAUGUACGGUCGCAACGAGUUGAUCGCCCGCUACAUUAAACUGAGGACGGGGAAGACUCGGACGAGAAAACAGGUGUCCAGCCACAUACAGGUUCUAGCUCGGAAGAAGGUGCGCGAGUACCAGGUUGGCAUCAAGGUCUCUAGCCACUUGCAGGUUCUAGCCAGGCGGAAAUCUCGGGAGAUUCAGUCCAAGCUGAAGGCCAUGAACCUGGACCAGGUCUCCAAGGACAAAGCCCUCCAGAGCAUGGCGUCCAUGUCCUCCGCCCAGAUCGUGUCCGCCAGCGUCCUGCAGAACAAGUUCAGCCCGCCCUCCCCCCUGCCCCAAGCCGUCUUCUCCUCUUCCUCGCGGUUCUGGAGCAGCCCCGCUCUCCUGGGACAGCAGCCUGGACCCUCUCAGGACAUCAAGCCCUUUGCACAGCCAGCCUACCCCAUCCAGCCGCCCCUGCCGCCGACGCUCGGCAGUUACGAGCCCCUGGCCCCGCUGCCCCCCGCCGCUGCCUCUGCGCCCGUGUGGCAGGACCGCACCAUCGCCUCCUCCCGGCUGCGGCUCCUCGAGUACUCGGCCUUCAUGGAGGUGCAGCGAGACCCCGACACGUACAGCAAACACCUGUUCGUGCACAUCGGCCAGACCAACCCCGCCUUCUCAGACCCGCCCCUGGAGGCCGUGGACGUGCGCCAGAUCUACGACAAGUUCCCCGAGAAGAAGGGGGGUCUGAAAGAGCUCUAUGAGAAGGGGCCCCCGAACGCCUUCUUCCUCGUCAAGUUCUGGGCCGACCUCAACAGCACCAUCCAGGAGGGCCCCGGGGCCUUCUACGGGGUCAGCUCCCAGUACAGCUCCGCCGACAGCAUGACCAUCAGUGUCUCCACCAAGGUGUGCUCCUUUGGCAAGCAGGUGGUGGAGAAGGUGGAGACGGAGUACGCCAGGCUGGAGAACGGGCGCUUCGUGUACCGGAUCCACCGCUCGCCCAUGUGCGAGUACAUGAUCAACUUCAUCCACAAGCUGAAGCACCUGCCCGAGAAGUACAUGAUGAACAGCGUCCUGGAGAACUUCACCAUCCUGCAGGUGGUCACAAGCCGGGACUCCCAGGAGACAUUGCUUGUCAUUGCUUUUGUCUUCGAAGUCUCCACCAGCGAGCACGGGGCCCAGCACCAUGUCUACAAGCUCGUCAAAGACUAGGGUGCCCUCUGACUCCCACAAGGAUGCAGGACAACCAUCUCCUCCGCAUACCUGCCUGGCACCCCCAGAGGACCAGGACUGAGGACUCAUCCACCUGCCAGGCCUUAGGCCCAGGACCCAGGAGGCCUCCCCACCCCCCAGCACACACGCUCCCUGCCACUGUUCUGCGCUUUAAUUGUGGGAGAAGAGAGAGCUGGGCAGCGGGGCAGCCUGCCCGAGGCGCUGAUGCGCCAUCGCCAGCUCUGCCCAGCCUCGAGUGACCUCAGAGAGGCAGGGACGGAGGACACCUUCAGGCUCCGGCAGGUGUGGCCACUGCCCCCA